CAUUCGCCAAUCACCAAGCCCUAAAAACCAGACAGGUUUCUCUGCUCUCUUCUCCUUCCUCGCUGAACCUCAAGAGUUCAGAACAACCGAAUCAGCCUGAAACUUUACGAAAAUCUUAACCAAACCCAUCAUUCAGAUGGCUUUGAAGAUCCAUGUUUUUACCCUCCCGCAGCCGCCGAGAUUCUGGAACCAUUCCUCCCUCCUCCCCAUCUUAACGCUAACCAAUAGAAGACCCAAAAUCCCCAUCCUGUGCUCCAAAAACAACCUCGGAGAUGCAGAACUUGCAUCCAAUUUGGCGGCGGAGGUGGCGAAGAUAAAAACCCAGCUGGUGCAGAAGGAGGAAGCCAUGAAAAAGAGCAGGGGAUUGCUGUUUGCUGAGUUGUGCCAGUUCUUGUCUGUGGGAGAAGAGGAAGUGAAGGUGAAAUGGGGGAAGAUGAACGAAGAGGAGAAAUGGGUAUUGACUACAGAGUUUGUCAAUGAAUGGGGUGUUAAUUUUCACCCUUUAUCAGCGAGGUCUGUUAAGGAAAUGGUGGAAGAGUAUCUGCGUGAGGAGAAACCGCCAUCAUCAAACUCUUCUCCUUCAGUUUUCUUCCCUGCAUUGAAGAGAAUAAUGGGGUUUUCCCAGAAUAAGUAGAUUUUAGAUUAAGGUUUUCCAUAGUUUCUGUAACAAUGAUGAUUAUGUUGAUUUUUUCAAUAAUAUUUUCGGUUUUUAUUGGUCAUGGAUACUGGAUUGUUAUUCAUUCAUGUAGUAUAUGAUUAAUGUGUUCUUCCCUGGACAUUGGAAUUGUUGGAAAAGAAUUGCACUCUGACUAAAUGGAUUAUGCAAUU